AUGGCCAUCUCCGACCAAGUGCGCAGCCAGCUCUUCCAGUCGGCGCCGUCGCCCAGCCCGAUGGACGCCAAGCCGCAGGCCAUCCGCAUCCCGACGACGCGGGGCGGCAGCACGCGCGGCGGCCUCGUCCCAAAGUCUCCGGGCGCUGGCCGCGGGCUCUGGACGCCCGAGGAGCACCUGCGCUUCCUCGAGGCGCUCGACAAGUUCCCGGCGGGUCCGUGGAAGAGCAUCGCCGAGUACGUGGGCAACAAGACGGCGCGCCAGGCCAUGACCCACGGCCAGAAGUAUCGCCAGAAGAUCGCGCGCCGCCGUCGCGGACUCAAGAAGAUCGUGAGAGACCUCCAGUUCGCGGCCGUGGACGUCCAAGACAGUGAUGGCAAUGGCCAGGAGGCCACGGAGGCCUCGGCCCGACUGAGUAUCGACUCAAAUCCGAUGGACUUGUCGGACCGGGACUUCGCGGCUUUCGUCGCCAGUCUCGACCUGGCCGAGGAGCUCCAGCACGAGCUCGUGGGCGACAUGAACGACUCACCGCUGGUUGUGGCCGCUGCGGUCGAGCCGAUUGAGGAACUCCCAAGCCUCUCGCUUGACGCGCUGGACGUCGACGUGCCGGCGCCGCCUGCGUCCGUUGCGAGCGACUGCGGGCUGCCCACGACCACGGCGCAGCAGGACGUGCACCACUGGGUGGUCAUGGACCGCGCCGAUGCGUCCUCGGAGGAGUUCUCGCUCGCACUGGCAGAAGCGUUCCAGGCUGGCAACAACGCAGCCGCCGAGGACUAUGCGUUUGCGAGGCCACUGCCGCUGCCGGAGCAGUUACUGGACGAGUACUGCCAGGUGCAGAUGGGCCUCGAGCCGCUGGUCGCAAACCACGCGGCGCUCGACGGCCUCGAGUUUGACGAAUUUGAGCUGCGGUAG